AUGAGAAUGGAAUCUACCGAAGAUAUAAAAGAAGAUAUAUCAAGUAUAAUAAGUAAAGAAGAGAUAAAUAAUAAUUUAAAAAUAAAUAGAUGGGUAUGCUUGGCUUUAUAUUCUAUUGUAGCAUCUGUUGCUACUUUUGUUCAUAGUGGGUUUAGUGGAUGGCAACCUAUAAUAUUUAAAACAGGAGCAUUUAAAGAAUUAUGUACUCCAGAUGAUGAGGUUCAAAUAUUUCGUGUUGAUGCAAAUAUUACAUAUGAAUCAUGUGGGAAUAGAGAUGCAGCAGUAAAUAAUUUGUCCACUUUAUCUUUUUUUGUCCAUUUUUUUUUAUCUUUCUCAAGUGGAUAUAUAUUAGAUACCUAUGGAGAAAAAGUGUGUUUUCUUUGUGGUCAAACAAUUUUAACAGCAGCUUUCUUAUCAUUAAUUCUUUUUAAAGUGUCAUAUAUAUGGUAUGUUUUUUUUUUUUUGCUUGGUGUAUCAGCAGAUUUAUCAUUUAUACCACUAUUAAAAAUAUCUAAAUUUUUUCCCGGUAAGGAAUCUCUUAUAUUUGGUAUAUUAGGAUCAGCAAGAUCUACUGGUUUUGCUAUUGGUUUAGUUUUAAAGCUAGUAUUUUUUUAUACAUUUAACUUUAAAGAUGAUGAAUUUUAUAUUUUGUGUAUAUUUUAUAUUUUAACAUGUAGUAUGUAUUCAUUGAUAAUUGGGAUAUUUAUUAUGCCUGGAAAAAGCGAAGAUAUUUCUCAUCUAAAUAGUGAAGGGGCAACUGGAUCAUCUGUAACUGAUAAAAAUCAUGUAGGUGUAUUGAAUGAAAUGGAAAGUUUAGAAAGUAUAGAAAAAAAAAAUAAAAAAGAUGUUAAUGAGACAUUUGGAGAAAAGUUAAGAAGAUUAUGGAGUCAUCCCAAAAAAUGGGAAUAUUUAUUAGUUGUAUUUAUAUGUAGUUCUAAUAUGAUAAGAUUUGAUUAUUUUAUUAAAACAAAUAGAUCUUUUUUUAUUUGGAGAACUUAUGACCUUACAACUAUAUUUUCUUUAUUAACUAUUUUAUCUUUUAUUCCAUCACCAUUUUUUGGUUACAUAGCAGGAAAAUUUGGUUCAGUUUAUGGAAUACUUAUAAAUAAUAUUUUUGUAUUAUUAACUUAUAUUUUUGUCUUAUUUGACAGUGUUUAUCUUAGGGCUGUAUCAAUUUUGUUAUUCUUCUUUUUUAUAUCAUUUGCCUUUUCAUGUUUUUACUGUUAUGUAGACGAAAAAUAUUCAAAAGAGCAUUUUGGAAAAUUAUGUGGAUUAAUGUUUGCUGUUAGUGCUUUAUGUUUAGUUGUUAAUUUUUAUUUAACAUAUUUAACUAAUGUAGUAUAUGUUUAUUUAGGAGAAAAAAAACAAAUUCCUGUAACUAUUGGAUUGAUAAUUUUGGGCCUUAUUACUAUAUUAGGCUGUAUAUAUUUGAAAAUAUCAGAAAGAGUAAUAGAAAAAGAAUUUGUACCAGAAAAAAAAAAAAUAGUAGACAUACAACAAAAUUAA